AUGGUUCGACGAUUUCAGCAGGCUGUGGCCCUCGUUGCAGCCACUGCCACUGGUGUUUUGGCAGCCUCGGAGAACAUGGGCCCUGCCUCGUUCAUGUGGCCACCUGACAGAGCCUGGUCUGAGCACACUGACAACGAGGGGCCUUGUGGUUCUAUCCACAGGGUUCUUGAACGGACGAAGUUUCCUUUGAGUGGCGGAAGAAUAGCCUUGACAGCCCAAGAUGACUCCUACCACGCCCAGAUAAGCAUCUCAUUCCAUAAUGACCCCCAAGAGCAAAAGGACUUUGGCUUCGUCCUGAACACAACGCCCAUCACAGAGAUCGAUCCAGGGCACACCUGCCUGACCAUUCCUGACCCUCCAUCGACCAUUGCCCCCGGAACCAAUGCGACCAUCCAGCUCAUGUACAUUGCCGACUUUGACCGGCCAGAGAACCAAACCUUCUAUGCCUGUGCCGACAUCCAGUAUGUCCGCGCUGCCGACUUCCCACAAGACACAAUCCCGUGCUUCAACGCAACCGACUCUGAGAACGACGUCCCGGCACCCACUGCCACUGGUCUUCCGACCAACCUCCCGGGUCACGGCGACAAUGGUCCUCCUCUCAACACCGCUGAUCCAGAGCCAUCGAGCAGCUCUGUUCCAUCGAACAACAACGGCAACAACAACAACAACAACAACACCCCCAUUGAGUCUGUCAAGACCGGUCUCUCCAAGGGUGCUAUCGCCGGUGCGGUGAUUGGUUCCAUUCUUGGUGUCGCUGCCAUCAUUGGCUUGGCUUUCCUGUUCUAUCGUGAGCGCCAGAGAAAGAACAGACUUAUUGCCCAGCGUGACUCUGGGAGGGGUGUCCCUUGGGUUGAGGACCCUCCCAAGAAGUCGAAUAUUUCUGCUGAUAGUGUGGUUUUGGGGACGAGGUUGUAGAGACAUGAUGGGAUGGAGAAGAGAGAUGGUAAUGACUGAUAUGAUAUGAUGACACUCAUUUGGAAUAUGGAGCAGAAUCAUGGUGUCUUGAACUCGCAAUCCCCUGAACACAAGCACAUACGACCAUAGGCAGUUGAAUACACGGGAUCCCGUCCGCUCUCCCCUAGUUAAGCAAUUGACCGCCAGACCAGUACUCAGGUGGGUGACCACUGGGGAAUCCCUGGUGUUGUAUGUUUUUGGUGGUUUUGGCUUUUUGGAAUUUGGCUUCUGGUAUACCCCGAGGUAGAUACUCUACUUAAUGCAGAUGAAGAAAUGAAGGUUCAUCGUUACUAUUGCUGAAUGAAUUGA